GCCUCCAGCAUGGCGUCGCCUUCCCCUUCCCCUUCUUCCCCUUCUCCGGGGUUCGAGCGCGCCCUGGCCCGGCGGGACGGCUCGGCGGGGCUCCGCCUCGGGCAGCGCUCGGCGGGCGGGACGGGCUGCGUGGUGUGGGACGCGGCGCUGGUGCUGGCGCGCUUCCUGGAGAAGGAGGCCGAGGAGGAGGCGGCGGGGCUCCCUCUCCGCCGCAAGGCCGCGCUCGAGCUGGGCGCAGGCACCGGCCUCGUGGGCCUCAUGGCCGCCAGCCUCGGUGCUAACGUUACGGUUACGGAUCUCGAUGAAGUUCAGGAUUUGCUGAAAAUGAACAUUGAGAAAAAUCGGCAUCUUAUCACAGGUUCCAUUCAAGCCAAGGUACUGAAAUGGGGUGAAGAAGUAUCAGACUUCCUUCCGGCACCUGAUUACAUCCUGAUGGCAGACUGCAUCUACUACGAAGAGUCCCUGGAGCCGUUGCUCAAGACGCUGAAGGACUUGGCUGGCCCUGAGACUACCAUCCUUUGCUGCUACGAAGAAAGGACUAUGGGGAAGAACCCAGAAGUGGAGAAAAAAUACUUUGAGCUUCUUCAGAAGGACUUUGAUCUGGAGAAGGUUCCCUUGGAGAAGCACGAUGAGGAGUAUCGGAGCGAGGACAUUCAUAUAUUCAUCAUCAGAAAGAAGAAAACGAUUGGAUUCCACUUCUCACCCAGGAAGGCUUCUUGGCCUCCGCAACCACCAGCCCUCCUUCCAUCGUCUGUUGCUGAUGCUGGCCUGGGAACGGAGUUUGCAAGAGUUCCUUGUUGAGAUGCCUCAGGCCAUGUCCGGCCUCACGUCCGGCCUCUUGACACAGGCAGCGCCCGAUGAGGUCCUUUGAAGGAGCCCCGUGCGUUGUCUGUGGUUCAUUGUCUGCCCUUGUCCCAGUUGUGCACACACACACCCUUCCAGGCAUCCCCACCACCACAAAGCCUGUCAGAUUGCAUGCCUGUAAGAAUGGGCUACACAAUCACCACCACCCCAAGCUGUGCGGACAAAAGCCCUGGCGUUAUGAGCACGAGCGCUUGUGUAAUAGUCACAGAGAAUGCCAGCGCUGUACACCCUCAGAGGGUGAGGUGGUCGUCUUGGAGACAUUGGUCAUCUCUUGGGGUGACACGGAAGCAAUGUGUGUGUGGGAUGACUUCCCUCUGCCGAGAGACGGGAGCCUUCAAGUCAAGAUGGGACUCGGGGGGGGGGGGGAGUUAUAAAAUUGUGUGGGAUUUUGCAGUCAAAUCUAACCAUGCAUAUUCUUGUUACUUAGUAAAGGGGCUAAGGACCAGAGAGCCAUCAAUUUAUAAACAGGCAAGUUACAGUUCUGCAGUCAGCCCCUGGACUUUCUAAUUAACAAGAAUACACGUCGUUAAAUUGGGCUGCAGAAUCUCCCACAACCUGGACUUUUCCACAGAAGCAAAAACUGAACUGAACUGAACGGGGUGCAUGGCUGGGCUGAUGGUAGUUGUGGCGUGCAACGUCUGAAGGGUGCCAGCUUGGCCAAGAAUGCUCUGUGGAAUUUUAAAUUUUAAAAAGCAAGCAUGCGGCAACAUUUGCAGAACAUUUAUGGGAAUAGGGCAGGGAGACUGGUUCAGGGGGACAUUGGCACCAGCCAAUAGCUACCUUCCACUUGAUGUCUACAAUCUGCCUCCACACUCGGGAGGUAGCCGUUCUUUUCUUUUUCUUCCCGUCACAUAACAGAAACUUUUCCUUUGCUUGCAAAGCGUCAGUCCUGCUCCUCCCACUCUCAAAUGCAUUCACACGCUCCUUGGGCUCACACCUAAGAGCGAUGACACGUGGCGCAGAAACAGCCCGUAGUCAGAAUUCAAACCAGGUUUGCAGGGAGAUCGCAGACAGUGCGUUUUCAUCUUGGCCAGAGACCCUCUCCUCUUCCUUUGUGUCUUAACACAACUCGCUUCCCUUCCGCCCAGUCAUGCUCCCUGGUUCAGACUUGCACCCCCUUCCCACCCACCCAAAGAAACUAAUAAUCAGCUCUAAUGAGAGGCUGCUCAGUUUUCUGCCGGACCUGCCUGUCGCCACCCAUUGGCCAAGGAUUCUGAUUUUCAGCUUUCAGCAGUUUGUUAAUAUCAAGAGGCAUCCCUGCAAAAGGGGGGGUGGGGGGGGAGAGAGAUCAAACUUCCUAUCGAGGUGAGGGCCGCAGAGGGGCCAUCAUGGAUUCAUUACUGCAGGCCCAGGGAAAUUGGGCAAUAUCAUUAGCUGCGCCCCCCCCCCCACCUCCCCGUCUGCUGUUUGUCACAACGAGCUGGAUAUUUAUGCCACUCCUGGGAAGCCCUCUGAAUCAAAGACAGAUGCCCUUGCGUUCUUCAAGCAUUAGCUAAUGGUGUACCUCAUGCAAAAUUCAGGGGAGGGCCGUGAAAGGUUGUGCUCAUCAAAAAAAAGGGGGGGGGCUGUUCUGCCAUACCCUGCAAUCUCCAAACUCUGCUCCCAUCAGGAGAAUUUCUUUCUCCAGUCACUUUUUUGUCACUGUUAACCCCCCCCCAAUUCUUUUAUUUACAUUUUAUACAUUAUUUAUUUCGACAAUGUAAUAAUCGUAAAUAAACAAGAAUAAAAACGUGCACCCCACAAGCGAGACCGUUCCGUUGUAACUAUCCAACCUCCCAAAAUUUCAACACCUCUUGCGGUGGUUUGACCCCUUUCUGUUUUAACAGUACAAAUUCCUCAAACGCCUUCCGUAUCUCCUCAAAAUCAUUUCUCCUGCGUAUGUCAAUAAAUCUCCGAGCAAGUCCUUCAUAGCCUGUGAACCUUCCACCCCAUAAUAAUCUGCCAACUCUGGAUUUUUGGACAGCUUUACCCAGGAGAAUAUUUCUGCCCCCGAACUGAAACACCAAUUGCAGGUGGAACUCCACUUAAAUUCUAGUAUUUUCCAUGGGCAUUAAACUUAAGAGCCGAUUGCAACCUUCCCUUUUCCCCCUUGCCCAGAAUCAUAAAACCGUAGAGAUGAGGGACCAAAAAGGCUCAUCUAGUCCAACCCCCUGCAAGGCAGGAAUCGCAAAUAAGAUGAGAGGGGGAGAGAGGAGGGUGGGAAGCUGUGUGCAGUUCCAGCUUUAUCAUCCUUGAGCAGUGAGAGACUCAAGGGGUUCUAGCCACUUACACAGGCUCUGUUUCCUUGGAACGAAGGUCAGCAGAGAUUGUGGUCACUUUAGGAUAUAUGGUUUUAUUUACAAAUUUAUACAACCUGAGCCUAAGAUGGAGGGACCAACACAUUUUGCUUCUCCAGUAGUGGCAGAUUUGGAUCCAGCGCAGAACAAGCAGGUCUCUGUGUCUCCGGUUUCCAACCUGCUUCCAGCUCAGCUCACAUGCACAUGCUUGGGCUCUUCUCCUAAGGCAGUGAUGGCAAACCUAUGACACGCGUGUCAGACGUGACAGGCAGAGCCCUCACCGCUGGCACGCGCCCCAUCGGGCAAUUCGCGCUGUUGUUGUCCCCCCGCCCAUUUUUCUCCCGCUCCUCCUACAGCUUGUCUCCGCUACAGCUUGUCUCCACUGUUAAAACCCGGAUCCCUUUUUGUUGUUGUUGCUGGUAGCCAGAUUGGUUUUUUAAAACUUUCUGUGCUGUUUUUUUCUGGCGCUUUGGCAGACUAUGUCGGUGCUGCGUGUUAGUUCCAGCGAAGGUAUUAUUCGUCAUUUAUUUCUGUUCUCUUCCCCCCCCCC